UCCUGACCUGAAAAGAUGCAGAAAAAUUGGUCCACGCUUUUGUUACCUCAAGGCUGGAUUACUGUAACUCUCUAUUAUCAGGUAGCUCUAGUAAGUCCUUAAAAACUCUCCAGCUAAUUCAGAAUGCAGCAGCAUGUGUACUAACAGGAACUAAGAAACGCGAUCAUAUCUCUCCUGUUUUAGCUUCUCUGCACUGGCUCCCUGUAAAAUCCAGAAUUGAAUUUAAAAUCCUACUGUUAACUUAUAAAGCUCUAAAUGGUCAAGCUCCGUCAUAUCUUAGAGAGCUCAUAGUGCCAUAUUAUCCCACCAGAACACUGCGCUCUGAGAACGCAGGGUUACUCGUGGUCCCUAAAGUCUCCAAAAGUAGAUCAGGAGCCAGAGCCUUUAGCUAUCAGGCUCCUCUCCUGUGGAAUCAUCUUCCUGUUACGGUCCGGGAGGCAGACACCGUCUCCACAUUUAAGACUAGACUUAAGACUUUCCUCUUUGAUAAAGCUUAUAGUUAGGGCUGGCUCAGGCUUGCCCUGUACCAGCCCUUAGUUAGGCUGACUUAGGCCUAGUCUGCCGGAGGACCUCUCUAUAAUAAACCGGGCCCCUUCUCUCCUUCUCUCUCUCUCUCUCGUAUCCUAUUACUGCAUCUAGCUAACCCGGCCAUUCUGGAUGUCACUAACUCAGCUUCUUCUCCGGAGCCUUUGUGCUCCACUGUCUCCCAGAUUAACUCAUACCGCAGCGGUGCCUGGACAGCGUGACGUGUGUGGUUGUGCUGCUGCCGUGGUCCCGCCAGAUGCCUCCUGCUGCUGCCAUCAUUAGUCAUUAGUCAUACUUCUUCUGUUAUUAUACACAUAUGAUUAUUGUCACACAUGUAUACUGCCAGGUAUUAAUACAUACUUUCAACAUAUUGUACCGCAGUAACCAGAACUAUAACUAUAAUAUUAUUACUUUCAUUAAUGUUGUUGUAAGCUACUGUCAUUACCUGCAUAUCUCUCUCUCUCUCUCUCUCUGUCUCAUUGUGUCAUAUGGAUUACUGUUAAUUUAUUAUGCUGAUCUGUUCUGUACGACAUCUAUUGCACGUCUGUCCGUCCUGGAAGAGGGAUCCCUCCUCAGUUGCUCUUCCUGAGGUUUCUACCGUUUUUUUUCCCCGUUAAAGGGUUUUUUUUGGGGAGUUUUUCCUUAUCUGCUGUGAGGGUCUUAAGGACAGAGGGAUGUCGUAUGCUGUAAAGCCCUGUGAGGCAAAUUGUGAUUUGUGAUAUUGGGCUUUAUAAAUAAAAUUGAUUGAUUGAUUGAUUGACACCCUUUGAAUGUUAUCGAUGUUUCAGUGUGUAUUUAUUGUGUAACGUUGCAGCCGAACAGAGACAGCACCGACAGCGGGACGUGAGCUAACGUUAGCAGAGCUAACUAGCUAGCUAAGUCAGCUACAGCAUGGAAGAAUUGGAUGAGGUCGCAGUGUCCAUUUUAAGGGCUGCCAACAUCAGCGAGGAAAUGAUGGGCACCCUGUCUCGUGAAGACUUGCGGGAUCUUUUCCCAGGCCCAGAGAACUUUUUACGGAGAAAAGCGGUCUGGCGUGCCUGUCAUGGUGUAUUGGAGGAAUCUGGCCAAGACGACUCAAAAUCUUCGGGCAGUUCCUCCAUUAAUGAGUCACCCAUGCGACAGACCUCCACUCCUGUGAACGCAACUCCUACAAAGUACACAAGCCCUGAAAAGGUUGUGAAGUUAUCUUCUCCAGAAUAUGUAUUGCACACCGACACUGAACUUGAGCAAGUCCGCCAACAAUACUUUGAGUUGUCAAAGAAAGGCGAAGAGCGCAACUGCCAAAUGUCAAAGGAGCUCAGAUGCCGGCUCAUCCGAAACACCAUGACUAGUAUGAUUGCAAUCCUGAGGGCAAAAGGGGAUGGAGAAUCACACCGAUACCCAUCAAAACCAGAAAUUACAGCAAUGGCAAAGAGAAUAGUACUGUACUACCCCAUGCUACAGGACCAAGGCAUCAAGAAUACAUGGGUCACUGUGUACGCACAGCUAUACAAAAGACUGCAAAAUGUGAGAUCCCCCCAAAAAAACACUCCAGAUGGGAGACAUUCAAAGAGCUUUACAAAGAGGCGCCGUCUUGAGCAGCCAAGAGACACCGAUGAAAUUGAUUCAAGUGACUCAACAAUCAUUCUGGAUCGGUCCACAGAAGAGAAUAGCAGCCCAGACAGCAGUAAAGAAAGUGAGUUAGGAAAAAGAAGAUCACAAAGCCUACUUGAAGAAGAACCCUCUUCCCCAGCCAGUCCUGAUGCUAACAAGCCUGCAGAUAUUGACAGUCCAGAACCCUACAGUCCAGCAACCUUGGCCAAGCACUACAAGACCCUACAAACUUUGUUUAAAAGAAAAAAUCCAAACCACCAGGAUGUCUCUCAUCUCCUAGAUUUGGAAUUUCAAGCCAGAAGAGCAUUCAUUGAUUCAAAUACCAUUCGCGAGGAUGACAGACACAAGAAGGUUAUAGAAGCAUAUCCUUGUUUCAAGGACAUUGGACAUGUGAUGGAGGAGCUUCAUCGCAUUUUGGAUAAAGAUAAUGGCAACUUCAUCGAUGAAGUGAAGGGAAGAUGGCAUGACUUCUGCCAGAAGGUGCAGUUUUUUGGUGUCUGGAAAAAGACGCUGAAACCCCCAAUGGGAAUGGACAAAGCUGAACAGGCUCUUGAGAUCCUACGUGUGCUGCCAUCACUGUUCCCCUCCACCUCUGCCCCUCCAAAGAGGGUACGAGAUGCGAGUGAGGCUCUGGUGCAUGUCCUCGAGGACAAAGAAGACCCUAAUGCCUACUUGAAGAAGCGCCCUCUCUCCUGCCCAGUCCUGAUCGUGAGUCCGUCCAACUGCCUUCUAGCGGUAGGAGAUGUGCCAAUAACCACGUUUCCAAAAGACAAGGUUACAGAGGGUGCUUUAUACCUUAUGGCCUACUAUUAUACCCUACACCUUACAUACCCAAAGUGUGUAGCCACUCUGCUUUCAGUCAUACAGACGGAGGUUCUCUUGGACAAAAUCCAUGAGAGAGAUCUCACAUCAUCUUACAAGAAGAGCAUGGCUGAGUGGAACGCUUUUAUUGGCCAAUAAAGCCAGUGUGGUCAGAUGUGGACUAUAGGAUAGCACUUCCUCUCUCCCUCCAAGGCUACCAUAGUCCAUGUUCAUUGCUAUUGAUUCUUGUUUGGAAUUUGGCCAGGUUAGCCCAGUGUUAAUUAGGGGUGCACGAUAAUAUUGGCCAACAGUGCAGUGCAGAGACUGCCUAGUUUUAAGUUAUUUUAAGUUUUCAGUUAAUAUUGAGUUUAGGCAACAGUCUAUUCAGCAAAUGUAGUUACUAAUAUAGGUUCUACUGUGAAAGAGUAAACUGACUAAGCAAUUAGGUUGGGAUAAAAGUGAGCAUAGUGGUAUUGGUUAUUGGCCAGUUGAGUUGUAAAAUAUCAACCUAUUGGAUAUUGCCAAAAAAUCCAAUAUCGUGCAUCCUUAAUAAUAAUGUUACAAUGGUUAAUGAUGUAUUGAGGGAGGAAUUUGUUCAAAUGUUCACGUUAAUGUAAGCCUAAAACCUUUAAUUUGAAUGUUACAAUAAUAAGCACUUUGUAAAAAUGAAUGUUACAGGUUGAGCAGUUUUAGUGUGCCUAGUAGUGUGUCUGACUAUGCUUUGAGUGUGCCUGUGCAAAGCAUGGAUUUUGCAGGUGCAUUGAGGGGCACAUUGGUCAGAUGAGAAAAAAUAAGCCACUGCAAAACUGUCUUUUUUUUAUGCAGUCCUCUCUGUUCAUGGGACUUUUUGUAUAAAUAAAUUUGCUGGUUUAAUGCAAGACUAGUUUUCAUUUUUUCUGUCUUAUGUAUAUAAUGUCUUGUCUAUAAUGUCUUGAAUCUAGAACAGUGUUAUUGUUGUACAGCUUAUAGUAAGGUAAAUGCACUAGAAAUAAUGACAGGUUGGAGAAUUAUGACUUAUUAUGGCAAAAAAGCAUUGCCUAAUACUAGUCAGGAAUGCUAACUUGAAGAAAUUUUGUCUCAAAAUGCCAAUUUCUAAUCUUAUUUCAAGUAGGUGGUGGACUUAAAUCUAGAACAGUGUCACAAUUAUAUAACUGAAAAUGAGUUAAAUACACUUGAAAUGAAGAGGAUGACAUUGGAAGGUAAAAAAAAAGAUGCUACUUUUGAGGGGAAAAAUACUGCUUUUGAGAACCACAAACUUACUAUGAGACACAAAACUUCACAAUACUAGUAAAAUAUAGCUAAGAAUGAGUUUUUCCAGCUAAUUUCAAGAUCUUGAAAUAUAUUGUCUUAUUUCAAGAAAUCUUAUUAAGCGAAUUUUCACUUGUUCCAUUGGCAGAUUGUUUUGCUUAUUACAAGCAAAAAAUAUCUUGUAUUAAUUUUUUUUUUACUUAUUUUUUGAGUGGCCUUUUUUCCAGUGAGAGUCUAAUGAUCUGGGACUGAAUGCAGUUCAGUCAUGGUGUUUAUUGAGGAAUACUCUGCUCCUCUUUGGAGAUUUGGUAACUCCUACUGACCAACAUUGGGGCCUACUUCUUUUAUUACUACAAAUAAUAAACAUUGUAUUUUCUCCCAUGUUAUCUCAAGGUAUGUAUGUAUAUUUAAAACAUUUGAUUGUGGAACACCACAGACUGUUCAAGACGUUGUAUCCCCAGAAAAAACUUUUACCAAAGCACCAUUUUCUUAUCCAUUAUCCCCGCUGCAUCCAGAAAAUAGGACCUGUACUUCAUAGUUGGUGCAUGCGCUAUGAAGGCAAGCACAAUUUUUUCAAGAAACAGCUCAAGUCAUUUAAAAAUAUCACCAAAACGCUGGCCAAAAAACACCAGCAUCAUAUGGCACAUAUUUGGCGAUCUUCAACAACUUUUAGUCGGUUAGACAUUGGUCCUGGAAAAAUGGUGUCUUUACAAAUGGUAAAAGGAGGUUCUGAAAUUGUCAAGGCAAUGCAAGUGUCGUCCAGUGUUCAAGUUAUGAAAGUGAAUUGGGCUAAACACAAUGGUUUUACUUACCGCCAACAUCUGGUUAUUUGUGGUGCAGUUGAAUGUGAAAUGCCUCUCUUUUACCAGAUUGAGUCCGUUCUGAUAAUGCAUGAAAAAGUGUUGCUGCUCACUUUGCCUUUAUGUACAGUAACUUUUCAAGAACAUUUCCAUGCGUACGAAGUAACAAGGACAAAGCAAGAUUUUGUUGUCUUUCAUGUUGACAACCUGCCUUAUCCCAGGCCUUUUGACAUACAGAUGUCAUAUGGAGUGAAUGACAAAGCUCUCUUUAUUGUUCCAUAUUGCUUCAUCUG